AUGCAUCCAAAUUCAGAGUGUGAAAUUCCAGAACACGCUGAAUCAAAUGAAUAUCAAGAUGAAAGCCAAUUCUUCUCACAAAUAUUUACAAAAAUGUUAGGAGGUAAUAAUACAAUACCUUGUGAUUAUAAUACAACAACAGAAUCUAACAUCAAAUUAUUUGAAAAGCUUAAUCCAAAAACCCAUUUUGAUGCAAUUUAUAAAACUUUUGAUAAAUGUAGCAAAGAAGGAGAUCUUUAUUCAAUACAGUAUGGGAUUGAACUGAAUUUUCAAAACUGUCGAGAUAUAAAUGGUCGUUGUAUUAUCCAUCAAGCAGCUUAUCAAAACAAUUUAUCACUUGUCAAAGAUCUCAUUAAAUGCGGAGUAGAUAUUAAUAGUAGAACUCAUAAUAAUAACACACCAUUGAUCUAUGCUUGUAUUACAGGUUCAAAGUCUGUUGUAAAUUAUCUUGUAUCAUUAGAUAAAAUCGAUAUUAAUGCUCAAAAUGGAGACGGUAAUACUGCUCUUCAUUAUGCAUGCAUGUACAACAUGCUUGAUAUCGUCAACACUCUUCUACAGACAAAAAGAACGGAUGUGAUAAUAAGGAAUAAAGAAGGUCAAUAUGCCUAUGAAUUAACUAGUAAUGAUUAUAUACUAAAAGCAAUUUGUACAAUUGCCUACAUAUUUCAUGAAUGA